AUGGGCCUACCUCCGUUAUUUAGAUUUUUGCAUACACCGGUGCGUUCAAAGCAACUCUACCCUGUAGUGGCAGGGUUUUGCGCAGUCAGACACGCUUCAUUCAGGCCGAGUCCAUGGUCAAGGAGGUCAAAGAGGCCCAUACAGCGACAUAAUCCCUCCAAUGCCUCUGCUUCUAGAGGAAGACCGGAUAAAAGCUCUGCUCAUUCUCGCCCAGGCAGUCAAGAUGAUAUAUCAUCUACCAUCCACGACACAGACCCCCGAUAUAAUACCCUACUUGCUCCAGUCCACAUCUCGGAAGAUCCAGAUGGACUGCUUAAACAGAAUCAUCCUGCUAGCCAGAUCCUAUCUAAUUCCGGGCUGGUAGUGCAAAGGCAGUUGGAGAUGAUGAAUGUUUUGCUUGGCUUUGAACAGGCAAACAGAUAUGUGAUCCUGGAUGCCCAUGGUAAUCAUAUAGGAUACAUGGCAGAGGAAGAAAAAGGAAUGGGCGGCAUGCUAUCUCGUCAGUGGCUACACACUCAUCGGCCAUUUGUCACCCACGUCUUUGACAGAAAUCAAAAUGAAGUUCUGCGUUUUCACCGGCCCUUUUCCUGGAUCAAUUCUACGAUCUUUGUAUUUGACCCCCUUAACAACAUGGCCGGGUCUCAUACACCAUUAAUCGAUCUACAGCACAAUGUACCCGGCUCACAAGCAGGGUCCGUGAAGGUAUCUCCACUGGAGCAUUCACAAAUGCGUGUGAUAGGAGCCGCACAGCAGCGUUGGGCACCACUUCGAAGAAAGUACAAUUUAUUCCUUUCGCAUCCCAAUACUCCCGUAAGACCCAUGCAGACAGAUAUUCAGCAACCUGCUGUUCCGCCAGAGAAAAGUUUACACCAGUUUGCACAUGUUGAUGAACCAUUCCUAUCAUGGGAUUUUUCAGUACGUUCAGCUGAAUCUCAAAUUCUAGGAUCCGUGAAUCGCAACUUUGCAGGGUUUGCACGAGAGAUAUUCACGGAUACUGGAGUUUAUGCACUACGGAUGGAUUCGGCUGGCAUGGCUGAAGCAAUGCAAUCAAAGAAUGCUGAACCACUAAAAAGUACACCAGUCCCGAGUAUGACUUUGGAUCAACGAGCCGUAUUGCUUGCUACGGCUGUGACCAUCGAUUUUGAUUAUUUCAGCCGUCAUAGCAGCGGUCCUGGUAUAGUGCCUAUUCCGUUAUUUGGCCUAGGGGAAGGUGGAGCGGGGGCAGCUGCCGGUACGGUUGCCGGAGGUGCUGGAGCUAUGGAGGGUGCCGCUGCGGGAGCCGUCGGCGCUGGUUCCCUUGCAGGAUAUGAAGCCAUGCGUAGGGGAAGUUCGACAUCUCAAGAGUCAGCGCAACAACCCCGGGAUAUGGAGGAACAACAAGCUCAGCGCCACGGGGACGUUGAACAAGGGGCGGAAGAAGAGGUAUGGGGAGAAACAGAUCAAAAUCCUUGGGAGCAAAGAGAAGAAAGCUCAUUCCCAACAGAGCAGCAGGAGGCCUGGCCGAGUGACGGAGACUCAUGGGGGGAGGACAGUGACGAUGACUUUUUCUAA